UGCUCACAUUGUAUGUGAUGUCAUAAAGCACGGAAUGUUGAGGUAUAAAGGCGAAAAACUUCAAAGCAUCAAAGGCACAGCUUGAAGGUAAAAGGUAUAAAGGCGCAGCUGAACAGUUUAGUUUCACAUUAUACCUUUCAUAGUGAUAAUAGCAAACACACAACACAAGAGAGUUGUCAAAACAAAGGUGAGAAACAUGGAAAUGCAGUACAACCCUGGGAGAUCUGGUGGUAAUACAUACAACACAGACUCUGCUGAUAUGAACCUCAGGCAGGAACGAAUUAGACCUGAUCUAACUGAGGAAAACACCAUUCUCAGAGCCCAGCUUAAGAGGUACCGGGUCAAGCAGGAACAACUUCAAAACAUGUGGGAGGAUGCAGAGCAGAGAGUUGAUGAGUUAAAGAAGAAGCUGGAUGAUCUUCACUCUGCAGACCCUCAGAAAACCAUUAAAGAGCUUGAAGACAAACUGGAACAAGUUCACAACAAUGACACUAAGUUUCAUGAGGAAGAGCUCCAUAAGCUGAAAUUGGAGCUGAGUGAGGCUCGCGCCGAAAGAGCCAAUGCAGACAAAGUUAUUGCAAGCCUCAAUCUAAAGCUGGAUGAGGCCAACAAAAAGCUGCAGCAGAAAAACAGCAACCCUGCUGCAGAGCAGUCUGAGGAGGAACCAAUUGUACCUACUCUAUUUAAAGAGAACUGUGCUCUCAGAGACCAGCUUAAUGACUGCAAUUUCAAGCGCGACCUGUUUCGUAACAUGUGGGAUGACGCAGAGCAGAGAGUCACGGAGCUGAAAAACCAGCUAGAUGAUCUUCAGAAAACCCACGGGGACUCUGCUGAUUAUCAGAGAAUCAUUAGAGAACUUGAAGACAAACUGAAACAAGUUCAGAACAAUGACACCAGGUUUCACUCUUCAGAAGUGAUGGCAGAAGUGAAACCUGCCAUUGAGGGAAACGCUACUUCGAAUAACCAGUGUUGCAAUGAACAACAGCACACUGAUUUGUGUGACGACAGGGCAAAAUCACUCCAGAAACAGAUUGAAAGUGCUCAGAAUUACAUACAGGUGCUGAAGGACAGAAACACAGCAACACGAGAGACUCUCCACGGUGAUAUCAGAUGCUUGACAGGCCAACUGCGUGUCUGUGAGGCCCUAAAAGAUAGGUACGAGUGGGAGGCUCUGGACUUUGAGGACGAGCUUAAGAAGACCAAAGCCUCCUAUGAUAAACAGUUACGGGAGAAAAAGAAUGAGAUCUCCGAGAUUGCAAAUGCGCUGAUAAAUGCUGAGGAGGAGAAGGCCUACCUUCGGCAGACUCUGAAAGAGACAAAUGUAGACUCUUGCCUUGCACAGCUGAAGGAGCAACAGAAGGAGAAGACCAAGAUUGCGGCUGCACUGAGAAAAGCAGAGAAGGAGAUGGCCUCCCUUCAGCAGACUCUGUAUGAGACAAAUGUAGACUCUUACCUUGCACAGCUGAACGAGAAACAGAAGGAGAAUGAAAGGAUUGCAGCUGCACUGAAAAGAGCAGAGGAGGAGAAGGCCUCCCUUCAGCAGACUCUGGAAGAGACAAAUGUAGACUUUUACAUUGUACAGCUGAAGGAGCAACAGAAGGAGAAGACCAAGAUUGAGGCUGCACUGAUAAAAGCAGAGAAGGAGAUGGCCUCCCUUCGGCAGACUCUGCAUGAGACAAAUGUAGACUCUUACCUUGCACAGCUGAAGGAGAAACAGAAGGAGAAUGAAAGGAUUGCAGCUGCACUGAAAAGAGCAGAGGAGGAGAAGGCGUCCCUUCAGCAGACUCUGGAAGAGAUAAAUGUAGACUCUUACAUUGUACAGCUGAAGGAGCAACAGAAGGAGAAGACCAAGAUUGCGGCUGCACUGAUAAAAGCAGAGGAGGAGAAGGCGUCCCUUCAGCAGACUCUGCAAGAGAUAAAUGUAGACUCUUACAUUGUACAGCUGAAGGAGCAACAGAAGGAGAAGACCAAGAUUGAGGCUGCACUGAAAAGAGCAGAGGAGGAGAAGGCGUCCCUUCAGCAGACUCUGCAAGAGAUAAAUGUAGACUCUUACCUUGCACAGCUGAAGGAGAAACAGAACGAGAACGAAAAGACUGCAGCUGCACUGAAAAGAGCAGAGGAGGAGAAGGCCUCCUUUCAGCAGACUCUGGAAGAGAAAGAACAGGAGUGGACUCAGAAAGAAACUACCAUGGAAACCAAACUGGCAGAAAUUGAGUCCGAUAUCAAGAUCAUGAUUGACAAAAAGUCCAAAAAGAAAAAAAGAUCCUGGCUUGCCAGGAUGUUCACUCAAUCAGAGAGAGCAUAAAAAAGGACUGCAGAACUCAUGACUUGACCAACCAACCAACCAACCAACCAGCCAGCCAAACAAACAGCAAGACUUAAUGUGCAGACUCAAGUCUUAUGACUUGAGUCUGCGCAUUAAGUCAUUCAACUAACCAACCAACCAAACAAACAGCACAGUGGAUAAGCGGUUGCCUCAAAGCAAAAAGGUUCUGGGAUCGAUAAAUUCCCAGGGGCUUUCUGUUUGGAGGUUGCACGUUUUCACCAUGCAUGUCUGGGUUUUCUCCUGGAGCUCCGGUUUCCCCCAGUCAUUGCAUGUUUCUGUGCUGGUUUAAAAAAAAAAAACCAAAAAAUUAAAAAUAAAAAAUAAAAAAAAAAAACAACCCAGCAACCAAUAAAAAAACCCCAUACCUAAAGUUCCAUUUAGGUGAGUGUGAAUCAAAACAGAUCAACUGAGAUCACACAUGCAGUUAAGGCUGCUACCUAUUUGACGCUUUUGUAGUAUACUGAAGCGUUGAAAACAUGUUGAAAAAGCUGCCCCUUAUCCAUGCUGCACUCAGUGCAAGCAACAGGAAUAAACUGAAAAAAUUCAAGGUCCCCCUUCUCUUUUUAAGAAGGGGUGCCUUUAAGAGGGUAUGCUCCAACUACAGAGGGAUCACACUCCCCAAUCUCCCUGAGAAAGUCUAUUCCAGGGAACUGGAAGGGGUUAGUUGAACCUCAGAUCCAGUUAGUCGAACCUCAGAUCCAGGAGGAACAAUGCGGUUUUCUCCCUGGUCGUGGAACACUGGACCAGCUCUAUACCCUCCGCAGGAUGCUUCAAGGUUCAUGGGAGUUUACCCAACUGGUCCACAUGUGCUUUGUGGACUUGGAAAAGGUAUUCAACUAUGUUCCUCAUGGCAUCCUGUGGGAGGUUCUCCAGGAGUAUGGGGUCCUGGGCUCUUUGCUGAGGCCCUCCCUUCUGCAGACUCUGGAAGAGAAAGAACAGAAGUGGACUCAGAGAGAAACUACCAUGGAAACCAGACUGGCAGAAAUCGAGUCAAGAUGAUGUUUGACAAAAAGUCCAAAAAGAAAAAAAGAUCCUGG